GGCACUUGGCAACAGAAAAGGAGGAGGCGCAGCAUCAUCUGCUGCGAGCGGAGGAAAAAACAGCCGAUGCGAUCGACCUUCGUUUCAUCCAGACCUGCUUCUGAUGGUGAAAACCGGCCGUUUGUAAAUAUUAAACAUCGAUAAAACUACAUCCAGAGUUUUUUUUGUAAAUCUCAAUCGGCUAGAUGAAGUUCGUCGUGGUUUUUGUCUCCGCCGGCCUCUUGGCUUUUCUCGGCGCGGUCAUCUGCAUCAUCGCCAGCGUGUAUUCACGAUCCUCGGCCGCCGCGCCCCAGGCGCUAUCCGGCAACCGCUCACUGUCGCUCCUGGAGCCGCUGCCUGGAUCCGUAGCGCACGCCGGGCCGCUCGGAGCUCUCCAUGGUGCUGAAUCUUAUGAAGGCGGCGGAUUGGACAUCGGCCUGGAGAUGCCGUCGCUCAAUGAGCUCAGUACCGGGGACGUGACUGGGCCAAGUCCGAAACAGUUCACCCUCAAUCGACUCAUUUGUACCCCUGUGCCCAUCAGUGAUUGUAAAUCCAGGGGUUUGAGACAACAAGCCGAUGACCCGUUUGCAGAUGAGGAGGACUGGAGCCUCCGCACCACCGCUGAGGAGCUCCGGCAGAUCGUCAUGCAGCAAAACGACCAGAUCCUCAUGGACCAGAGGACCAUCACGGAGCUCACCGGGAAACUCUCGGAGUGUGAGAGCGGACUGGAGGAAAGGAGUCUGCACGAGAGGAGUAUGGGGGUUUGGGCAGGCAACCGUCGCCAUAUGGCCGGGGACGAUGUGAGCAGCUCGGUUGCAGUACAGCUGCAGACGGCGUGGGCUGUGGAGGAACUGGAGAAAGCAAUUCUUCAACUCAAAGAUCGCAUAGAGAAGUUGGAGGUUGUCUCUCACCGCCCUCUCAUCACGCGCGCGGUAGCCAUAGAAACCGGACAGAGGGGCACUUAG